UCUCGCGUACGUUCCUUGCGUCGCGCCGAUUAACUUAUUCGCCCGGGAUCGUCAACCGCCGCUCCGGCGAACGUAAAGCAGAUUUAUCCGUCCCGCUGCGCGAUUGAUCGCGCGCUCUGUGAUUGUGUCUGCUGUGCUUGUCAGUGCCGCGAGCGGUGAUGCUGCUCCUCGCCAUGCACGAUGGUUACAUCUCGCUGUAUUUUGCAGGCUUGCUCGCGCGCGGUCUCGCGACGAACGAACGAUGAUCGCCCCGAGGAGUGACGGCACGCUCGAUCGCACGUCAAGCUUCGUCAUGAGAGACUGCUCGAUCACGAAGGAGUGAUACCGCGAUUCCUCUCGAGCAGGUACGCCAAGCAAGUCCAUUUCGCAGCAGCGUUGGAUUUCUAGAGCAUCGUGGGAGAACUUGAGCAAAGGAGCGAGACACACUUGAAGCUGUAUUCAGAGUCCUGAGCAACAUGCCUUCCAUCUGCGGCGAUAUGGUCGAUAUGACUGUUGCCUCGCAAUCGGGCAUCGGGGAAGGUAUCUCCAGUACGGACAGCGUUGGAACGCAGAGCGACACAUCGGGAUACACGACUGUGCCGGGAAGGCCCAGGAUGGACGUGGCUUGCGUUCUGGAUCUGCAACAAUCGGAACACCUCGCGCAGAGGAAGAAGGCGCUCGACGAAGUUAGGCAGGCCUGCAACUUGGUCAACGCUAAUAUACAUCACAUUCAGUUUGAGAAACUCGAUUUCGGCGAGACUAACGUACUGGACACAUUUUACAACGCCGACGUGGCCAUCGUGGAUCUGAGCAUUCAGUUGCAGCAAUCUGCGUUGUUCUAUCAUCUUGGCGUCCGGGAAAGCUUCGGAAUGAAGGAGAAUAUUUUGUUAUACAACGACGUGGAUACGGAGGCUACGAUUAGGCUUAAAUUAUCUUGCGGCAGCUACACAUUUGUCUCGUAUCGAGUUGUGGAAUCGUGUGGCUCGUGCGUAGCUACUAAUCCGGCGACCACUAGGAUUACCGGCGAGGAGGCGAUCGAUCCCAAACAGCAUCUCACUCUGAAACUCAAGAAAUUGUUUCAAGAUGUCGAAGUGCAAUCCAAAGCACACAUGAAGGAGAAAUUCCUGGCAGACCUGCGCAAGGCGCGUGAAACGUAUUCCGGAGAGGAGCUCUCCAAGGCUUUAAAUAACAUGCGCAAACGUUUGGACGAUCCGAACGUCCUGUCGGGCGAAGUCGUUCUGAACGUCCUCAUUUCUUUCCGGGAAAUACAAGAUUAUGACGCGAUGGUACAAUUGGUCGAUGAUCUGAGGACGAUACCAACUCAUAAGAAUUACAUAAAUACUCCGGCCAUAAGGUAUUUGUACGCGUUUGCUCUGAAUCGACGGAAUAAGGAGGGCGAUCGAGAGAGAGCGUUAAAGGUCAUCGAGAAAGCAUUGGAGAAGAAGGAGAAUCAUGUGCCGGAUAUGUUGUGUUUAUGCGGGAGGAUAUAUAAAGACAAGUUCGUGGAAAGCAGGCACACGGAUCAGGAAAGCUUGAGAAACGCGAUCCACUGGUACAGAAAAGGUUUCGAGGUCCAACCAAAUGAAUACGCCGGCAUAAAUCUUGCCACUCUGCUGGUCAUAGCUGGAAAUGAAUUUUCCAAAAGCGAAGAACUGCAGCACAUCGGAAUGGUGUUGAACAAUUUAAUUGGCAAGAAGGGCAGUCUGUCGAGCUUGAAGGACUACUGGGACGUGGCGACGUUUUUUGAAAUCAGUGUGUUAGCGGAGGACUAUUCGAAAGCCAUACAAGCAGCCGAAUGUAUGUUUAAAUUGAAGCCACCAAAUUGGUACCUGAAAUCCACGAUCGGCAACAUAUCGCUAAUAGACAGGUUCCGUAAGAGGAAUGAGGAAGCUGAGGUCGCGCCGGAGGAGCAAAUAUUUGGCUUCUGGAUGGACUACUUCGUCGAGGCUACGAAGCCGGAGGUCGGCGAUAGCAUACGGUUUCCCAUUCUAGUGCUCGAGCCGACGAAGAUCCUGAUGCCGAGCUACGUGAACGUGAACCUCGGCGCGGAGGAGAAGUCCAUACAGAUAUGGAACAUGUGCCUGGACAACAUGAGAAACAACUGCAAGCAGGUGCACGACUGGCUGUUCACCGCCAACAUGAUACGCAGCGUGAGCCUGUACAAGAGGGACGAGAGGUGUCUCUUCCUGUACGUUCAUCAGAACUCGGACGAUUUCCAAAUGUAUCUGCCAUCGGUGCAGUGUAGACAAAGGUUCUACGACCUCAUCUUGGAAAUGACCAGGGAUCAGGAGGGCAUGGUCACGGACUUGGAUGCUUACAUGACUGACGACCGUAUGAAGUUUGAGUACGAGUUGGAUGAUCAGAACAAGCGCAUAGUUCUCGGCAAGGGUACGUACGGCGUGGUGUACGCAGCGCGCGACCUGAACACUCAGGUCAGAAUCGCGGUGAAAGAGAUCCGUGAGCGAAAUUUGGGCGACGUACAGCCGCUGCAUGAGGAGAUCAAGUUGCACAGCCAACUGAGACACAGGAAUAUCGUUCAGUACCUCGGCUCGGUCAGCGAGGACGGAUAUUUCAAAAUUUUCAUGGAACAAGUCCCCGGAGGGAGUUUAUCGGCCUUGCUGAGAUCGAAAUGGGGACCUUUGAAAGAAAAUGAAUCGACCAUCUCUUAUUAUACUAAACAGAUGUUGGAGGGUCUUAAGUAUCUCCAUGAUCAGAAAAUAGUUCAUAGAGAUAUAAAAGGCGACAACGUGUUAGUGAAUACGUACAGCGGAGUUGUAAAAAUUUCUGACUUCGGUAUGUCGAAGCGUUUGGCUGGCUUGUGUCCGAGCACAGAAACAUUCGCCGGGACGUUACAGUACAUGGCGCCAGAAGUUAUUGACAAAGGUCAACGCGGCUACGGUGCGCCUGCGGACAUUUGGUCUUUAGGUUGCACAAUAGUCGAGAUGGCGACUGGAAAGCCUCCAUUCAUCGAGCUGGGUUCUCCACAAGCGGCUGUUUUUAAAGUAGGAUAUUACAAAAUACAUCCCGAGAUACCGUCCGAGUUAUCCGAGAGAGCCAAAAGCUUUAUCCUGCGCUGUUUCGAGCCAAAUCCGGACGUACGAGCGACCGCCGCGGAGCUGCUGGAGGAUCCGUUUCUUAAUGAGUACAUAAAAUUAAAGAAGAAGAAGAGCAGCCGGUUGGUCGCGCCGCCGGAUUUCAGUAGAAGCAUAUCGGUUCCCGCGGACAGAUUGGAACGUUUGGGGAAGUGCGAUAAAACGAACAACAAUCACAUCGUCGCCGCCGCGGCCAUGCAGAUGUCUCAAUCGGACGACAGUGGAGGGUUAACGAAGUCGAGUCCAUUGAGGGAACGCAGUCCGGCCCACCUAUUGUCUCCUAUCAGCAUGCCUACUGCAACCCUCUCUUUUAACAGUACAAUAGGGAACACUCCGUCGAUAGAAACUAGUGAAAGUGAUACAACAGGCGCUUCGAUAACUAGAAGGAGCUCAUCCGGUGGACUGUUAUCGCCAGAAGUUGAAUUAGGAGGACAACCGGGACAAAAGUCUGGCGAGGAGCAGGAGGGUUUCUAUCUGCUGAAAAAGGACAGUCAGAGACGCAUGACGCUAACGCGAGUGCUCAAUCAGGACGAGGCAAAGAUUUGUGAAGUUUGGAUGCGAGGUAUACAUCAGGCGGAGGGACAAACCGUGCUGCAGAUGAGUCAUUUGGUGCUGCUCAUGCGCGGAUUGAGAGAUUACAUCGCGGAACAGAAUCAGGAGGUGAUAGUGACCGCCAUACGAACGCUGAAGGAGGAGCUGGACUUUGACUCGACCGCCAUCAAUCACCUGCACUUGGCUAUCUACUUGUUUCAAACGGCGGUGAACGAGGUCCUCAGGAUGCACAGCAUAAAACCGCACUGGAUGUUCGCCCUGGAUAAUUUAGUCAGGAACGCCGUUCAAGCUGCCAUCACCGUGUUGUCUCCCGAAUUGGGAGCUAACUUACUCGGACAAGAGCGUCAACCUGGUGGCCAAGGUCCCGAGGAGGGAUCUACGUCCGGCGUGUCGACGGUAAAUUCCGUCAAGUCUCAGAAAACCGCCGAUUCGAUCGACAAUAAGUACUGGAAGGAGUACAGGGAUCAAAUGGGAGCGCUAAAGAUGGAAAAUAUGAGGCUGCUGCAGGAAUUGAUAGAGAGCCAAAAGUCGUAUCAGACCUUGCUGCAACAAGCUCUCGAGGAGCAGAGAGCCCAAGUUAAUACACUCACGCAUCUGUGCGAGAAUAUUCAUAGGAGAGCGGCGAGACAGGAAUCGGGCUACAAUUCUGACAUUCCUGGAAGUACGCCUCAGCAACCGGUGUCCUUAGCGAUUACCGAUACGCAUCACAGCACUGCAUCACAGUAUUCAGACAUGGCACUUGUCGAUUGGUUACGAAAUCUUCAAGUGGACGAGGCAUCGAUCGAUAUGUUCCUGUACGAGGAAUAUACACUGGAAGAUGUUUUGCAGCAUGUCACACGAGAUGAUCUUCGCAGACUAAACUUACGAGGAGGAAUCGAGCUGAGGAUAUGGCAGGCCAUACUGAGACAUCGGGAGAUUCGUUAGAAUCAAGCUGUUAAAAAUUCAAAGACAUACGAUUCUACGUUUUUCCAUCGUUGUUAGUGACAGACUUGCUAGCGGUCCAAGUCUAAAGCAGGGUAAAAAUAUAUUCUUGAUGAUGAACCUGCCGCAAGAUAAGCGUAAACCGAUUUAAAUUGACCGUAAAAUUAUACGGAAUACAGAUCGAACUUCCAUAGAGAGUUUCUUCCGUGACACACGACACAAUAAUGAUAUUAUCAAUUUAUCUCCAAGUAGUUCCUACUUGUAGGUUGAUAUUCUCUGUACAGAAAUUUGCGUUGUGGAUAACAGAUCAUUGAUACAAUGAUUAACGAAACCCCGUUGCGCCUUCGUCACAGAUUUUUAUUCUUUUGCCAAAGUUUCAUGAUUUACCAGAAUGUAGGGAACCAGUAUUUUGUACGUGGAACGUAUUGUUAUCUCGUGUGUUAUAUUUUCUUACUGUAAAAAAUAUUUCGUAGCCUCGAUGUUUAGAUGCGAGUUUUACAAUCACAGAUCAAUCAAAUCCAGAAGAAUUUAUUUAUUCAGAAUAAAUUCAAAGAGAUAAAGCAACGAUGUCUCCCAAUCAACGAAAAUAACAGAUGCUUCCAAUGAUCGAUAAUACAAAAUCCAUCCGUUUUUAGAAAUUUUAGUAAAUAUAUAUUGCACACAUCUACUGCCAAUGAAAAAUCUCGAUUAGGAGCUAUCUGUGUUUGCACAAGAGGACAGCUUUGCGUAACACUCGGUUAUUAACACCAAGAAGAGAGUUGCGCAACGUUCUGCCUAAACAUCUUCCACCACGAAUGGGGACGCAAUUAUUUAUAUAGUGCCUUACGAAACUCAUUCUAGUACAAGAGAUAUUUAUUAUACAUAUAUGUGAAAAAGGAAACAUACGCGUGUAGUUAUGUCACUCGCAUACGACAGUGCGUUUGUUGUAAAGUUUUAAAAAAAAUCUUAUGUUCUCAGGGUGCGAGAGAUCUUACUCGCGCCAAACAUAUUGCAAAUCUUCCCGGUAUCCGAAACAUGAAAUUGAUGAAAUGUUUUCGCGAUAUUUAUCACUGUGUAAAUAGAAACGCUUUUUGUAGCUUGUAAGUGCUUCGUCGAGGCGAACUCGACACAAUUCGUAUGCAGCCUACUUCCUCGAGUUUUGUAGAUACGAAUUUUUAUAUGACGGAAAGAAUUUCAAUCUCCCCUUUUACGAAGCACGUAUCAGAUAAGGAGAAAAACGCGUCUGCGUUUUCCGCGAUGCACAAACAUAUUUUGUAUAGUCCGAUUUUUAAAAUGUGCCAUAGUUGAACUGAAUUUCUAGGAAGUAUCCAAUCUUAUAUAUUUUUGAGAGAGAGAGAGAGAGAGAUAGAGAAUGAGAUCGCUUUCUCUCGAGGAAUCUUCUCUAGUGCCUGAUCAAUUCGAGGAUACGCCGUGCAAGUUGGAUUCAGUUCGAUUAUGUGUACGCCAUAUACAUUGUUGUGCGGUACGUGAGCUAAAAUGACUGACAGAAAAGUGAAUAUUAAUAAAAUAUUUCCUCGUAAUACAACUAAUACAAUUGAAAAGCAGCGGUGUUUGUGUCGGUGCUUGUUUUCAAGUAUUCUGACUAAAGUGGCACUGUGCCCGCUCCUUAUUGAUGUUUCUCGAUGCUCGAUACUUGAUAUUACGCGAGCGAGUAAUCGCAGUAAUUGAGAAAGUGAAGUUUGAAAUGAGUACCGAAAGCUAUUGUUAACUAUCAUUGUUCUCACUUACAGUAAAAGUAGGAUUAACUAUUAUUGUUGUUCGCUUGCGCGACCGUUUGUAAUAAAGAAAUGAACAAGUGUU